AUGAUUUUGGUGUUGUUUAUCAGUAUGAUUAUUGCUCUUGCUAUUAGAGAUUGGAUUUCUGGUGGCGUUAUCGGUUUUGUUGUUGGUAUCAAUAUUGUCGUGGGUUUUGUCCAAGAGGUUAAAGCUGAGAAAACAAUGGGUUCGUUGCGUACUUUGUCUUCGCCAACUGCUAGAGUUACUAGAGAUGGCAAUGAUGCCACUGUUGCGGCGGAGGAAGUUGUUCCUGGAGACGUUGUUCAUGUUAAAGUUGGUGAUACCAUUCCCGCUGAUUUGAGAUUGUUUGAUUCAAUGAAUUUGGAAACUGAUGAAGCGUUGUUGACGGGUGAAUCAUUGCCAGUGCAAAAGGAUCACACCGUUGUGUAUGACGACUAUUCGGUGCCGGUGCCUGUUGGUGAUCGAUUGAACUUGGUUUACUCGUCAUCGGUUGUUUCCAAGGGAAGAGGGUCUGGUAUUGUUUAUGCAACUGGUUUGAAUACUGAGAUCGGUCAAAUUGCGCAAUCAUUGAGAGGCGAUACUGGAUUGAUCCGUAGAGUGGACAAGUCAAAUGGUAAACCUAGAAAGAGAGAUUAUAGCCGUGCAUGUGCCGGAACUAUUUACGAUAUUGUUGGAAAUGUUCUUGGAAUCACUGUGGGAACACCUUUGCAAAAGAAGCUUUCAUGGUUGGCAAUUUUCCUUUUCUGGGUAGCUGUUGUGUUUGCUAUUGUAGUGAUGGGAUCGCAAAAGAUGGAUGUCACCAGGAAUGUGGCUAUCUACGCCAUUUGUGUUGCAUUGUCGAUGAUUCCAUCGUCGUUGAUUGUUGUGUUGACGAUUACGAUGGCAAUUGGAGCUCAAGUGAUGGUGACCAAGCAUGUUAUUGUGAGAAAGUUGGAUUCGUUAGAGGCUUUGGGUGGAAUCAACGAUAUAUGUUCCGAUAAGACUGGUACUUUGACACAAGGUAAGAUGAUUGCCAAGAAGGUUUGGUUGCCAAAUGUUGGUACUUUGGAAGUGCAAAAUUCAAACGAGCCGUACAAUCCAACUGAAGGAGAUGUGAGGUAUGCCCCGUACUCGCCACUUUACGUCAAACAAACGGAUGAGGAGAUCGACUUUAAGAAACCUUAUCCCGAUCCGAUGCCGCAGAGCAUGCAUGAUUGGUUAAUGACUGCUACUUUAGCUAACAUAGCAACUGUGAAUCAAAGCAAAGAUGAAGAGCUGGGUGAAUUGGUGUGGAAAGCUCAUGGAGAUGCUACUGAGAUUGCCAUUCAGGUGUUUACUACUAGGUUGAAUUAUGCAAGAGAGUCACUUGUUGAUGGGUACGAGCAUAUCGCUGAGUUUCCAUUUGAUUCAUCGAUCAAGAGAAUGUCUGCCAUCUACAGGGACAAAUCAGGUGAGACCAGAGUUUACACUAAAGGUGCUGUUGAGAGAGUUUUGCAGUUGUGUACCACGUGGUAUGGAGAAGGCACUGACGAUUCACAAGAGUUGAAAAAGUUGACUGACGUCGAGAAGGCAACCAUUGAGGAAAACAUGGCAGCAUUAUCAUCACAAGGAUUGAGGGUUUUGGCUUUUGCUACUAGAUCCAUUGAUGGUGAAUGUGAUGAUCGUGAAAAGGUUGAAUCCAACUUGACUUUCCAGGGACUUAUUGGUAUCUAUGAUCCCCCAAGAGAAGAAACUGCUGGAUCUGUCAAAUUGUGUCACAGAGCAGGUAUCAAUGUUCAUAUGCUUACUGGUGAUCAUCCAGGUACUGCUAAAGCCAUUGCCCAAGAAGUUGGUAUCUUGCCUCGCAAUUUAUACCACUACUCAGAAGAUGUCGUCAAGGUAAUGGUCAUGACAGCUAAUGAGUUUGAUGCUUUGUCCGAUGACGAGAUUGAUAACUUACCUGUAUUGCCACUUGUUAUCGCUCGUUGUGCACCACAAACAAAGGUGCGUAUGAUUGACGCAUUACAUAGACGCAAGAGGUUUGUCGCAAUGACUGGUGACGGAGUCAAUGAUUCCCCAUCCUUGAAAAAAGCUGAUGUUGGUAUUGCUAUGGGUAUGAACGGUUCAGACGUUGCCAAGGAUGCUUCCGAUAUCAUUCUCACUGAUGAUAAUUUUGCAUCAAUUUUGAACGCCAUUGAAGAGGGAAGAAGAAUGUCAUUGAAUAUCCAAAAGUUUGUGUUGCAAUUGUUGGCUGAGAACGUUGCUCAAGCAGUUUACUUGAUGGUCGGUUUAGUGUUUAUGGAUAACGAUGGAUUUUCAGUUUUCCCACUUGCACCCGUUGAAGUGUUGUGGAUUAUCGUUGUCACCUCAUGUUUCCCAGCCAUGGGAUUGGGUCAAGAAAAGGCACAAUCUGAUAUCUUGGACUUGCCACCUAGUAACACCAUCUUUACCUGGGAGGUAAUUAUUGACAUGUUUGUUUAUGGUGUUUGGAUGGCUGCUUGUUGUUUGUCCUGCUUUUUGGUCAUCUUGUAUGGAAAAGGUGACGGUGAGUUGGGCUCCGAUUGUAAUACUGGAUCUGGUGAUCAGUGUAAGUUGGUGUUUCAGAGUAGAUCAGGAGCAUUUGCUGCUUUCACAUGGUGUGCAUUAAUUCUUGCUUGGGAAUGUAUCCAUUUGAGGAAUUCUUUGUUUUACAUGAGACCAGAUUCUGAAAACCCAUGGUGGAAACAAACUGCUAUUGAUUUAUGGGAUAACCAAUUCCUUUUCUGGUCGAUUAUUUUUGGAUUUGGAACUGUGUUUCCGUUGGUGUAUAUCCCAGUCAUUAAUGACAAGGUGUUUUUGCAUGGACCUAUUGGUUACGAAUGGGGAGUUGCCAUUGCAUUCACUGUGGCGUUUUUGAUUGGGGCUGAAGUUUGGAAGAAGUGCAAGAGGAUAUACUUCCGAGCUCAGUCUCGCAAAGGAACCGAGUCAGAUACCGGUGAUGUGUUUGAGAAGUAUGCGUCCUUCAGCAAGGAUAACACCUUGGUUUAG